AUAAUGCUGCCGGAAGUAGUAUGCAGUAUGCAGUGUGCAUUUAUGGGUUCCAAAGCUAAACCAGCUAGAAUCAUCUAAGAUGAAGCACGUGUUUUUGACUGGCAUUCCCGGUGUGGGUAAGACCACUCUGGUGAAGAAAGUGUGUGAGGCGGUGGUCUCCUCUGGGGUCACAGUGAAUGGCUUUUACACAGAAGAGGUCAGAGAGAGAGGCAGGAGGGUCGGCUUUGAUGUGGUCACAGUUUCAGGUGAAAGAGGCCGUCUGUCCCGGGUCAGGUAUUUUCUCUGCUUAUCUCUCUCCAUGCGUCAGUCAUUGCUUGUGUGUAUGCUGUUCCAGUCUUCCACUAACACACUUUCUGAUUCUAGCGCUGAAUCCACCACAGACAGACGUGAAUACAGGGUGGGACAGUAUGCCGUUGAUCUUCAGUCAUUUGAGAGUGUUGCUCUCCCUCUAUUCAGAGAUAUGCGGGAGGGAAACAGGAGGGUGUUUGUCAUUGAUGAGAUCGGAAAGAUGGAGUUGUUCAGUCAGCCGUUUAUCCGUGCGGUGAGACACACACUGGACAGCUCCAGCUGCUCUAUCUUGGGCACUAUCCCUGUACCUAAAGGAAAACCGCUGGCACUAGUGGAGGAAGUGCGCAGCAGGCAGGACGUCAAGAUUUUUAUGGUCACGAAGGAAAACAGAGAGAGGAUUUUUGAUGACAUUGUGUCUGCACUAAAGGAAUGCCUCAAAUAAACACGGAGCAGUGUACAUUAUGGACAAUAAGAAACUGAUAAUAUAUUUAUUUUUUCACCUCUUUUAGAGAGUUUUUGUUUUUGUCAUUUACUCACCCUUAUGUGGUUCCAAACUUGUUUGAAUUUGAUGGAACUCAUAAGAUGUUAGGCAGAGUGUUAGACUCAGUCACCAUUUACUUGUAUUUACUAAUUGUAUAGAAAAAAAAAUAUGCAAUGAAAUUAAAUGAUUGGGGCUGUUAAUCACAAAUAUUUUGCAUAACAUCUCCUUUUGUUUUCCACGGAAGAAAGUCAUGUCAGUUUGGAACGACAUAAGGGUGAGUAAAUGAUGACAUCAUUUUCAUUUUUUGAGAGCCACUGAGCCCUUGAUAACACCCACAUCAUCCAUUCAUUUGUGCAGAAUUCAGAGCAGUGUGUCACACAUAUAAAAUUCAUGCAUUUGAUUAAGCGUUUCAACGCGCCUGGAUCCUCCUCUGCAUUAUUGAUUCAGAGCAGGCGGACUGGGAUAAAGAGGGGAGGAGAGUCAUAGAGAUGCUUUUCUGGAGUAAACGAUGGAUGAAAAUGUUCUGGACUGACUGAGAUAAAAAAAAAAAAAAAAAAAAAAAAAGGGGUGAUGCCCUCUUGAACACUUGUCAGCCCUACAACAUUUCUGAUGUCUUCAGUUGGACACGGGCCACUGAGGUGUCGACCUUUUCUCAUGUAUAGACGAAUGUUUCCUGUGUGUUUCGCAUUGAACGGGAAAAUAAAUGAAUAUUUGAAAGGGCAAUCCUGGUGGGCUUCCAGAUGUUUUAUUUAUUGUCAUCAUAAAUAUCGAAACAUAUGCUUUAAUGUUGAAUAUUUGUAGGUUUUUGAAGUCGGAUUCAAAAUUGGAAUCGGUUUUGUAAAAUUUCAUGUUGACUUUAAUGCUAAAAAAAAAAAAGAAAAAAAAGUUUGUCAUGAUUCCAGAUGGCCAAUGCACUGCUGUUAAUCUUUGGCAUAGUUACUGUAUGCUAUUAAUCUAAACACAACAGCUGUGUUUACAGCAGUCUUUUUUUUUACAUGCAUUUUAAAACAUUUUGCCCUGUUUUCAUCAUGUCUGUCAUCACUACAUUAAAAAAUCUAAAGGGAUUUAGUCAGCGAAUGCUCAUGAAAAUCAACUGUGAAAGUCUGGCUGCAGUUGAGUAUUUAGAGCCAGAUAUAGUCCAUUGUGUUGUGCACUCUUGAGCAAAUAAAAUAAAAUAUUUCUUUAA